CCUGAGUUAUUAUUUAUACAGUGCUGUAGAUGUAUGGUAUUUUACAGAAAGGUAAGUCCCUACCCGAAGAGCUCAUAGUGUCAUUAAUAAACACACUUAUCUGAAAAUCUGUAAAUGCAGGAUAGAAUAGCUCAACAGAAUUUGAAGGUCCAUGAAAAGAGCACAUUUUCAUCACGAGCAAAGUCUCGAGACUCUGUGAAAAAGAUGGACUCAGUCAUUGAAAGAGAGACCCGGGCUACAAUAGAUAAAGGGUAUAUUACUUCUGGUCCCAACUGGGCUCUUACUUUUGCAAAAUGUUGCCAAAGUGACAAACAAUCUUUAACAGAUUAUAUCAAGGAACAGAAGGAGUUGUUUCUGCUGCAGUACACAGUAAAAGUAAAAAAACAAACCAUAAAGAAGCUGGAGAAAUUAGCAAUGCAAGCUGAGAAAGAGGCCAGCUCUGCCGAAGCAAAGCUAGAAGACGAUACAAUUGCAUUUGAGGAAUUUCUGAAAGAAAACGACCGAAGUUCUGCAGAUGCACUUAAAAUUGCAGCCCAAGAAACAAAAUCUAAAAUGGAUAUGGCAGCAGAUGUAAAGUCUGCUAUUAAUGAACUCUUCGCUAUUAAAAGUGAAAUUGCAAAUGCCGAAUUCCUUCUCAUGGAGAGUUUAUAUUAUGAAGAUUUUUUGAUGAAACUUUCUCCUAAAGAAUGGCAAGAAGAACAGAGAACAAAAAAGUUGAAAGCAAGAAUAGACAAACAGAGAGAAAGAGAGAUCAUGCAGAGAGAGAUGAUUACAUGUGCUUUCACUCCACACCAAGAAAAAGAAAGUGCACGCAAAGAGAAGAUAAGUUCUUCAAUUCCACGCCAACCACGCCAUGGUUCUAUUUUUUUAAAGCAAAAUAGAAUCUAUACAGCAAGUACAGACAGGCGCUUCAGUUCCUUUGAGAAAAGUGCUGGACACAAUAGGAAAGCAUCAACUCUAAGUGAGAGUUGUCACCUGAGAACAGCGGUGCAUGAUAACAAAG